AUGUACCUGAGAACGCGGUCUUCUGCAACGCUCCGCUGGGCUGGCAUUCCACGCUCAAAACCAUAUCGAGUUGUCAGAAGUUUCGCAACUGUAAGCAGCGAUGCGCAGCCUUAUGAUGUCGUUGUCAUCGGGGGCGGUCAUGCCGGUUCAGAAGCAUGCGCCGCUGCGGCGCGAUUGGGAGCGCGGACCGCCCUCGUAACACCUUCACGCUCGAACAUUGGGGUCUGUUCAUGCAAUCCUAGUAUCGGAGGAAUUGGAAAGGGAACCAUGAUACGUGAGAUUGACGCUUUAGACGGACUGGCGGGUGACGUUGCGGACAAGGCUGGGAUCCAGUUUCGGAUAUUGAACAGGUCGAAAGGAGAGGCUGUUUGGGGACCCAGAGCACAGAUCGAUCGCAUAUUAUAUCGGAAACAUAUGCUGGAGAAAUUGAGCACUACGCCUGGUUUGAGCAUUGUAGAGGGGAAAGUAGGGGAUAUUAUUCUUUCGAGGGAGGGUUUAGCGGCGGGAUCUCAGGGGAAAAUUAUUGGUGUGCGGCUGGAAUCUGGUGAGGUGAUACCGACCGGACGAGUGGUUAUUACUACAGGUACAUUCCUUGGUGGCGAAAUACAUAUUGGACUCGACGUAUUUCCCUCCGGUCGGAUGGGAGAAGCAGCCACAUUUGGAUUGAGUAAGUCCCUACGGGAGGCUGGGUUCCAGCUUGGUCGUUUGAAAACCGGCACUCCUCCUCGAAUAGAAAAGAAGUCGAUAGACUUCUCGAACCUCGAAGUCCAUCCAGGAGACUCUCCACCUGUUCCAUUUUCAUAUCUUAACAAGAGAGUAGCUGUCAACGACGAAGAUCAACUCCCUUGCUGGUCUACUUAUACCAAUGAGGUAUCUCACCAAAUCGUCAGGGACAACCUUGACAAAUCUGUCCAUAUUCGAGAAACUGUAAAAGGGCCUCGAUAUUGCCCUUCUCUUGAGUCUAAAAUUAUUCGAUUUAAAGAUAAAAAAAGACACAUUGUCUGGUUAGAGCCAGAGGGAUUUGCCCCUAAUGAGGUUAUCUACCCCAAUGGCAUCUCCAUGACAAUUCCCUCUGAUGCCCAACUUGCUUUACUUCGCACAAUACCUGGACUCGAGAAUGCCCACAUGCUCCAAGCCGGCUACGGGGUGGAAUACGACUAUGUUGAUCCGCGCUCUCUCCGACCAACACUAGAAACCAAACUUAUCAGUGGACUCUAUCUCGCAGGUCAGAUCAACGGCACAACUGGUUAUGAAGAAGCCGCAGGUCAAGGCAUUCUAGCCGGUAUCAACGCCGGCUUGGCCUCUCAAUCCAAACCCCCCUUCAUCCUCUCCCGCUCAGACGGCUUCAUCGGCAUCAUGGUCGACGAUCUAAUCACCAAAGGCGUCUCGGAGCCAUACCGCAUGUUCACCGCUCGCAGUGAAUAUCGCAUUUCCACCCGCUCCGAUAAUGCCGAUCUCCGCCUAACCGCCCGCGGCCGCGAGAUCGGUGCCGUCGGCGAUAGACGCUGGAACCACUUCAGCCAAGUCGAAGCGCAAAUCACCGAACUACGAACACUGCUCGAGAACACCAAGUUCCCGUCAGCGCUGUGGUCGCGCAAGGGCUUCGGCGUACACGGUGACAACAAUCUCCGGUCCGCCUUCGAUCUCCUCCGUCUAAAUGAUACUUCCAUAGACGACAUUAUCCCGCACAUCGAAUCAGGCAGCGGGAGAACAUAUACGCCCCUAUCCUUCACGUCAGAGAUAAAACACCGCGUCGCAAUCGAGGGCCGCUAUGCACCUUAUAUUAAAAUCCACGCAGACAAAGCGCGCAGUUUCGAGAAAGAUGAAUCUCUGCUGCUCCCGCCUGAUAUGGACUAUGGGCAAGUGGUUGGCUUGAGUUAUGAGGAGAGAGCCGCAUUGGAACGGGUCCGGCCAGAGAACAUAGGCAUGGCGCGAAGGAUUGAGGGGAUGACGCCUGUUGCUGCGUUGAGGUUGUUAGUGCAUGUUCGCAGGAACUGGAAAGGCCAAGGGCGGGGAGAGUCGUCCUUGAAGGCUGAGGAGGAGCUCGAUGUCUCGGAUGAGGCGACGCGUGUUGCGUCUUCGAUGUGA